AUGCUUUAUGUAUUGAAUUUUAUUACACUGGUUAAUUCUUAUUUUCGAGGGUCAAAUGUUGCCUUAAUUGUUUUCGAUUUGACUAAUGUCAAGUCAUUACUUAAUUCCCUAAAUUGGUCAAGGGAAGUGUUGAAAUGUACCAAGAAUCCGAUUAUAUUUCUCAUUGGCUCGAAAGCUGAUGCAAUUUCCCCUGCAGCUCGAGAGUUCAAUGAAUCGGAGGCAAUUAAAAUCGCCGAUAAAUUGAAAGCUGAAUACUGGUCAGUUUCCGCUCGAACAGGGGAAAAUGUGAUCCCAUUGUUUCACCGAAUCUCAUGUCUCACCUUUCAACAAAUUAUUCGUGAAAGAAUCGACGAGAUGGAAGCAAUUAAAACUCUACAACCAUUUAAUAGCUCGACAACGGUACCAAUUAAAUCAUCGAUACCAUUAAAACCGACAACCAGUAUUAUCACACUUAAUAAGAAAAAGAAAGUUUCAACAAUUAAAAACUGUCUUAAUAUCAGAAGAUUUUACAAACCUAAAUGAUACGAAAGUUAAUUGUUACCCAACAAUUAACCAGAAAACAAAAUGCCAAAGAGUCAAGACCAAAAAAAAGUAAACACGAUUGAUUGGAAUUAGGAAAAGACUCAGAUUUUCAAUUGCAACCGAUAAAAUCUCAUCUAAUUGUAAUUAAAACGAUCACAAAACACCAUCAAAAAGUAUAUUAGUUAAUUGCGAUGAUGUGGUUAUCGACGUGAUUAAACAUUAAUUGGUUUACUUUAAAUUCAUUUCUAUUUAUAAAUAUCAAUCUGUGAAUGGAAUUACUUUACAG